AUAUAUAUAAGUUAUAUAUCAAAGAAAAAACAUAGUACGCAGUUUUUCUGCAUUCUCUGAGAUGCCUCUGUGAAAAAUUUUCAAACUCAUUUAUUGGGCUUGGAUUUUCACACUAUAAACUGUAGUGGGCGAUUGCCAAUAUUUAUUUAUAGAUAAAGGUAUAGAAUAUGGUGAACGUGAAGGGAAUUUGGACGAAGAAAACAUUACUGAGUCUUUUGCUUGGCCAAUUUCUGUCCCUUCUCAUUACCGCCACUGGGUUUUCAUCCUCCGAACUCGCUAGAAAAGGAAUCAAUGCACCAACGUCGCAGUCAUUUCUAAAUUACGUGCUGUUGGCAUUAGUUUAUGGAGGCUUUAUGAUUUACAGGCGAAAGCCGCUCAAGGCAAAAUGGUAUUAUUACGUCCUCCUUGGAAUAGUUGAUGUGGAGGCCAAUUUUCUUGUUGUGAAGGCUUACCAGUACACAUCCCUGACAAGCGUGAUGUUGCUGGAUUGCUGGACAAUUCCAUGUGUUCUGCUUUUUACAUGGUUUUUCUUGAAGACAAAAUACAUACCCAGAAAAUUAGUCGCUGUUGCCAUCUGUAUUGCUGGUCUUGUCCUGGUCAUCUUUUCAGAUGUACAUGCCGCAGAUCGAUCAAGUGGUAGCAAUCCUCUCAAAGGGGAUAUACUAGUGGUUGCUGGAGCCACGCUGUAUGCUGUGACUAAUGUCAGUGAGGAGUUUUUUGUUAAAAGUGCUGAUAGGGUUGAACUCAUGGCAUUUCUGGGCCUGUUUGGUGCCGUUGUUAGUGCUUGCCAAAUAAGCAUACUUGAGCGCAAUGAGUUGAAGUCCAUUCAUUGGUCAGCUGGAGCAACACUUCCCUUUGUUGGAUUUGCAUUGGCGAUGUUUCUAUUCUACUCGUUUGUUCCCGUUUUGCUGAAGAUGAGUGGUGCCACAAUGCUAAAUCUAGCGUUGCUUACCUCUGAUAUGUGGGCUGUUGUAAUUCGUAUCUUUGCAUAUCAUGAGAAGGUUGACUGGAUGUAUUAUGUAGCUUUUGCUGCUGUUGCUGUGGGACUCCUUGUUUAUUCUGGAGGUGAUAAGGUGAAUCAGAAUCGAGCUGAUGUUGCUGAUGAAGACACUACACAAAGCAAGCGUUUUGACGAAGAAGCUGGCCUAGAUCAUCCUGCACAGAAAGAUGCCAGUGAGAACUUCAAAACUGAAGAUAGUAUGCAAAAUUUUGCAUCUACAAGCAUUACAGAGGUUAAUAAAGAAACAGAAUGGAAGAAAUCUUCAUUGUAGUUUUGGGACUUCUUUUUUUUUUUUUUUACUGCUCCCUCCACCCCCUCUAUGCACACCUCAACCUCCCAGAAAAGGGCUUCUCAACUUCAUAGUGUAGGAAAAUCAUAUCCAUUGCUUAACAGUUUUACUUAGUCAUUUUUCUUACUCAAUGAAAAUUUUCGUUCUUGACUUUUC